AUGGAUGAAGUUUUUGAGUUUUGGAAUGGGCAUUUUCUAAGUUCUUUGGAUUUUAUGGGAUUAAAGUUUGAGUUUCUGGUCUUGAACAAAUGGAAUAAAUGGUUGCGACACUAUGCUUGGACGAGAUUUCAGGACUUGGGGUUCCAUCGUUCGGAGCUUGUGUUUUUAGAUGCAAGACACAGCGAAGCCUUGUCUCUUUUCCACCUGGAUCACACUGUCAUCACUGCCAUUCUCAAGUCUUGUUCUGCUCUUUUGGCUCCCAAAUUGGGCAGAGUUGUGCAUAGUUAUGUUGUUAAACAAGGUCAUACUUUUUUCCAGGUUACCAAUAAAGGGUUGCUCAACAUGUAUGCCAAAUGUAGCAUGCUUGAUGACUGCCUCAAGCUGUUUGCUCAACUCACUCACCGUGACUCUGUUACUUGGAAUAUUGUUUUGUCUGGGUUUUCAGGGUCGAAGAAAUGUGAUCCGGAUGUGAUGAGGAUAUUUAAGAUGAUGCAUACUAGUGGCGAGGCAAUGCCAAAUUCUAUUUCUAUUGUUACUGUCAUUCCUGUUUUUACUCGUUUAGGGUACCUGGAUGCUGGACUGUGUGUGCAUACUUAUGUUAUCAAGUCUGGUUUCGAACAAGACACCCUUGUUGGAAAUGCUCUCGUGUCAAUGUAUGCAAAGUGUGGGUUGGUGUCUCGAGAAGCAUAUGCUGUCUUUGAUGAUAUUGUUCACAAAGAUGUUGUUUCGUGGAAUGCAAUGAUUGCAGGCUUGGCUGAGAAUGGGUUAGUGGAGGAUGCAUUCUUGUUGUUCAGUUCAAUGUUGAAAGGGCCCAUGCAGCCAAAUUAUGCGACUAUUGCAAAUAUUCUGCCUGUUUGUGCCUCAUUUGAUAAGAGUGUUGCAUACCAUUGUGGAAGGCAAAUCCACUCUUAUGUGCAGCAGUGGUCUGAAUUGUCAGCUGAUAUUUCUGUCUGUAAUGCUUUGAUUAGCUUCUACUUGAAAAUUGGGCUAAUGAGGGAAGCAAAAGCUUUGUUUUGGACAAUGGAUUCAAGGGAUUUGGUCACGUGGAAUACUCUUGUUGCAGGGUAUACAUCAAAUGGAGAAUGGUUAAAAGCAUUGCAUCUGUUUGGUAAUUUACUAUCUCUUGAGACAUUAUUGCCAGAUCCUGUGACCAUGGUCAGCAUACUUCCAGUUUGUGCACAAUUGAAAAAUAUGCAGGUGGGGAAACAAAUCCAUGCGUAUAUUUUUAGAUGUCCUUUCCUUUUUUGUACUGCUGUUGGAAAUGCUUUAAUCAGUUUCUAUACAAAAUGCGGCUAUACAGAAGAAGCAUAUCAUACCUUUUCCAUGAUACCCAGGAAAGAUUUGAUUUCGUGGAAUUCUAUUUUUGAUGCCUUUGGUGAGAAGAGGCAUCAUUCAAAAUUUAUUGACUUGUUACAUUGGAUGCUUAGAGUCAGAAUUAGACCUGAUUCAGUUACAAUGCUGACCAUAAUCCGAUUUUGUGUCUCUCUUUCUAGAGUGGAAAAGGUUAAAGAAAUACAUAACUAUUCAAUUAGAACUGGAUCUUUAUUAAGUGAUAUUGCACUAACAGUUGGGAAUGCAAUACUUGAUGCAUAUUCCAAAUGUGGAAACAUGGAGUAUGCAAACAAAAUGUUUCAGAAUCUAUCAGAAAAAAGGAAUCUGGUCACAUGCAAUUCACUGAUAUCUGGUUAUGUGGGUUUAGGAUCACAUCAUGAUGCAAACAUAAUAUUUAGUGGGAUGUCAGAGACUGACCUUACAACAUGGAAUCUUAUGGUUUGGGUAUAUGCAGAAAAUGAUUGUCCUGAACAAGCUCUUAAAUUGUUCCAUGCGUUACAAGCUCGAGGGAUGAAGCCUAAUAUGGUGACUAUCAUGAGCCUCCUUCCAGUCUGCACACAAAUGGCAUCAGUACACUUGUUGAGCCAGUGCCAUGGAUAUAUUAUUCGGUCAUUUUUGAAGGAUCUUCACCUCGAAGUUGCCCUCUUAGAUGCAUAUGCCAAAUGCGGCCUCAUAGGUCAUGCAUAUAAGAUAUUUCAAUUGAGUGCUGAUAAGGAUCUGGUUAUGUUUGCUGCUAUGAUUGGUGGGUAUGCUAUGCAUGGCAUGAGUGAAGAAGCACUAUGGAUAUUUUCUCAUAUGCUGAAGUUGGGAAUACAGCCAGAUCAUAUCAUCCUUACUUCCAUAUUAUCUGCUUGCAGUCAUACUGGCCGAGUAGAUGAAGGACUGAAGAUAUUUUAUUCAGUAGAGGAACUUCAUGGUAUGAAACUAACUUUGGUGCAGUAUGCAUGUGUGGUGGAUCUCUUAGCUCGAGGUGGCCGUAUUAGUGAAGCAUACUCUCUUGUGAAUAGUUUGCCAAUUGAAGCUAAUGCUAAUCUUUGGGGGACAUUGCUUGGUGCCUGUAAAACCCACCAUGAAGUAGAAUUUGGGCGUAUUGUAGCAAACCAACUCUUCAAAAUUGAAGCUAAAAUAGGAAACUACAUUGUACUAUCAAAUUUGUUCGCAGCGGAUGCUAGAUGGGACGGGGUAAUGGAAGUGAGAAGAAUGAUGAGGAACAAAGAUUUGAAAAAGCCAGCUGGAUGCAGCUGUAUCGAAGUAGAGAGAUCAAAUAACAUUUUUGUGGCUGGAGACUGUUCCCACCCCCAAAGAAGCAUUAUUUACAGUACACUACACACAUUGGAUCAACAAGUUAAAGAACCCGUGGAGUUUUUAGCUUAAUCCUGGAUAAGUAUUAUGGCAUCAGACGUGCCCCUAGUCAAUUCAUUUGCUGAUGGUCAAAAUGCACAUUUUAUUAAAAGCAAAUCAAGGGAGCCAACGCUGACCCAAGCCUGAUGCACGAGAGAAAAUCCUAACCGGAGAGAAGGGUUGACACGUGAUCAAGCGAGAGGAUGCGCGAAUCUGAUCUGAUCUUCGAGAGAGAGAGAGACCGAGGCUGAUUGUGAUGGAUGGAGAUGAUUCGAAGAUCAAAAUAGAGUGAGAGCAUGACUGAUUGGAGAUGGACUAACGAGAGAGAAUCCAAGCUGAUCAAGGGCAACAAAGACGAGGAUUUCAAGGGUGAUUCUGGUUCAAGAAGAGGAUCGGGUUAGGUUUUCAAGUUUUCUGAUUUAUUUCAUGGGGGUUUAUAAGGGAUGAGUUCAGGUUUUUUUGUUGAGGGGCCCUGGUUGUAGGAGUAGAAACAUGUCAAGAGGCUAGGAUUUAUGUUCAUUGUUCUUGUGAGCGAGGGAGAAAGAGUGUAUUGUAAGAGGGGUUCCUCCAUUUUCUAAUGAGCGCAAAGUAGCCUUUAGAAAUUAGGUUUUCUCCUUAGCAUGUGGGUAGCUCUACUUGGCCUUUCACGAGCACAAAGUGGCCGGAAUUGUGCUAAGUGAGCCUCCUUCACUAAUUCGAUUUUAGAACUCUUCUUUUUCUCGUGUAACACUUCAGUUUGCAAUGAAUACUCUGAUCUAAUUCCAUUCCAAUUUCCAUUUCUGA